AUGACUGAGAAAGGCACCACUCCAACCGGUGUCCUCGACCAAGAACAUAAUGCUCCUCGCGGCCCCUCAUCAUUCCAUCAGAAAAAACUCCAUCCUAUAGAUCGACACCGCCCGGCAUGUUUCUCAAAUCUCUCAUCGGAGCUGGGCUUCAUCUUUACGGUCGCGGGUUCGAUAGCUAUUAGCGAGUAUUUUGUUUCUGGUUUCAACAUCAUUUUGUCUUCAUUAGCGAAUACUUCGCAUGAGACUAGGACGUGGCCGGCUGCUGUCAUCAAUUUUACUACUGCUGUUUUAAUCCUUCCUUUCGCCAGACUCUCUGAGAUUCACGGUGGAAGGUUGAUCUUUCUGGCUGGUCAUGCUUGGUUAAUUGUCUGGUCCAUCAUUGCUGGCUUCAGUCAGAAUCCUACUAUGCUCAUCGCUUGUCGAGCAAUGCAGAGUUUAGGGACUUCAGCUUUCUUGCCGUCUGGUGUCGUUAUCAUGUCACGCAUUUAUCGUCCUGGUCCACGAAACACUCUUAUUUUCAGCAUUCUUGGAGCCUUUUCCUGUAUCGGUUUCUACUCUGGAAUCUUCUUUGGUUCACUGUCUGCCCAGGUCCUUGGAUGGAAAUGGUUUUUCUUCAUUGGUGCAUUCUUCUGUGCGGGUAUCUGCAUCGCUGGCCUUUUCACUAUUCCAAAGAGCCAUGGAGAUCCACUGCCUGACCUGAAGAUGGAUUGGCUGGGUACGAUUACCGUUGUACCGGCGCUUGCAUUGGUGGUGUAUGCAUUGACUGAUGGAGGAAAUGCGCCCCAGGGCUAUGUAGCCUUGAUCUUGGGUAUCAUCGGUCUUGCGCUGUUUGUUCACAUUGAGGGAUGGAGGGCCAGUCAACCUCUUGUGCCAGCAGAGGUUUUCAAUACGAAAUACAUGAGUCGAUUGGUCGUUGCACUUUUCGUGUCUUACGGAUCCUUCAGUCUGGUUCUCUUCUACGCUAGCUUCUACAUCGAAUCAGUCCUGUAUAUUGGACCUUUACUGACCACCUCGUGGUUCAUUCCUCUCGCAGCUGGCGGUUUCAUCCUUGCUCUUGUCGGCGGCUUUGUUCUUCGUAUCCUCAACGGACGACGGCUCCUGAUCAUUUUCUGCCUUGGUUUCCUCGGCUCAUCGCUUCUUUGUUCAAUCAUCCCCAACAGCGGAGAAUCAAACACAUUCCUCCCCUGGGUGUUCAUCUUCCCCGCCAUGAUCCUUGCAAUAGUUGGAUUAGACAUCACCUUCAAUAUCACCAACUUCAUCAUCUCAACAUCCCUUCCUAAUCAUCUUCAGGCAGUGGGAAGUUUGUUGGUCACCAGCCUACUCUACCUAGGCAUGGCAUUUUGGCUGAGUGUUGUUGAGAUGGCAACAUUGGCACAAAAGGACAUCAAUGGUGCCGAAAAUCUUGAUGCAACAAGUCAAUGUCAGAUUGGAUUCUGGACUGGUACUGGAGUAGCGUUGAUUUUCGUCACGGUGAAAAUGCACUCGGGUGAGGCUGAUUUGACGGCUGAUGAGAAAGCACAGAGAGACUGGGAGAAGGAUGUUGGGCAGAACAUGGAGUAA